GCCCUGGUUAAUCGGCUAAAAUCAAGUUAGUUAGCAUUAGCUCCCGUUCAGUUGUUGUUUAGCAACUAAGCUAAUGUCGCUUUUAUCGCUCAUUUACCGCUUGUAUCUGCUUCAUUCAAUGAUAAUUCUUUCGAGUAACAUCGCGUAUACGUGAACAAACUCCACAAUGGUUUUGAAUGUCCAGGGACAAUGGGCGAGCGAAGUCGAAAGAAAGAGCUGUCAACCGGUUUACUGAGUAAACUCAACUGAAGUCAUUUUAAAUGCGAUGAGACAUCAAGCUAGAGGCUAAAUGUCAUGGUCCGUUAGCAGAACAUGUUUUAAAUCAUACUACAAUCUUAACAUUAUCCGAAGAUUCUAAUGCAGAAUUUGUAUCCCCGUAUUCUUAAUGAAUGUUUUGUUAUGUUUAAAGUACAUUAUUACAGGAAUACAAUAUAAGUAAUUUACAUUGGGCAGGAACUAGAAUGACAGUUUUCAACCAUUUUGUAUUCAUGGAAAGAUAAAGGUAGGUGUCUGUUGUCUUCACCAAGAAUUGGAUGAGGAGUCCAAUCACUCCCCGAAACGUAACUGAAGUUGUGCCCCCCAAUUCAGCUGGUUCAUCUCUUUCGCGCAUCUCUCACCACCACACUGUCCCAGGGUGUGUGAGUUGGGUGGACCUGCGACCCGUUAGAUCUUCUAUUUGGCAUUGCUAUGUUGAAACCUGCUGUGGCCUGAUAAAUGGGUAUAGAUAAAACUUGUAGAACCACGACUGUAAAAUUGUCAUUCAUGUGAUAUUAUCCCAUCCCAUUCCCAUUAUUUUGCACUGAAUGUUUACUCUUCAAUAGUGAAAUGAUGGUAAACUUGGACAUAUUGUUGUGUUAAUAAUGCUCAGCCUCAGCUGCCAUUUUUGUGUGAUGACAGGGUCAAGUGGUUGAAGUCACUCAAGUGGUACUAGACUGGUGCACCCUGGGUAUUCAAGUUUAGCAUCAGGACAAAAAAAAAAAGAAAAUUAAUGAUACAAAUGUGGUCAUUUGAGUGAACGCAUUUAAAGACUGCAUGGCAUUUACAGUUCACCAAACUGGUAACCAUAUGAAUCUCUGUUAACAGAGUCCAGUAACGCCAUGGGAGACGAAAAUACGCACUACUGUGAAAACUGCAAGCAUCACAUUCCAGAGUUAAAUUUCACCACACAUGAGAUCCACUGUCGGAGGAAUAUUGCACUUUGUGAUGUGUGCCAAGAGCCGGUGCCCCAGAAGGAUCUUCAGGAGCACAAGAAGCAGGAGCACACACAAUUUACCUGCAAAUGUGGUUUGAAGAUUGAUAAGAAUGACGUCCAUGUUCAUCAGAGUUCCGAAUGUUCUCAAAGACUGGUUCCGUGUCAGUACUGUGACCUUGAGCUUGUUUACAGUCAAGCCAAAGACCAUGAAGAGUACUGUGGGACCCGAACAGAGCAGUGCCCGCACUGCAAGUGUAAUGUGAUGUUAAGGGAACAAGCUGUGCAUCCAGUGUUCUGUGGGAGCCCCACGACAUCCCAAGAGAGGAACAACAGCUGCGUGAGUCGCAGUCCAGCAGAGCUGCAGUCCCUCGGGCGGCGAUUUGAGGCCCACUCCAUUAGAAAUCAUCUCAGAGCCCAGGAAAGAGGCCCCAAGGAAAACAACAUCAGUGCCGCAAGACAUCAGGCCUUUUCACAACCAUUUAAUUCCAGACUUUAUAAUAUUUCACGAGGAGCACAGGUCUCUGGAGACGGGAAGGAAACGGCUCCUAAAAAUACGACUUUCAGCCAUGCAACGGACCCGAGUGCAUGGCCACUCUCAUCUCAGCCCCACGAUGAGGACUCGUCAGGUCUGGACUACAUGUUGGCUCUCAGUUUGCAGAGCGAUGGGGAGUCGAUGGCUGGGGGCUUGGAUGAAAACGUAUGGAGUGACAUCUGGGAUCACACGCUUGAGAAGAGCACUUACCCGCGCACGUCAGUAAACAACAACUAUCCAGACUUCACUUCCCAUACCAACGUCUUUUCAGACCCUGAUCAGUCAGAUAUCAUGCUUCCUUGUGAGUUCUGCGAGGAGCUGUUUCCAGAGGACGACCUGAUUUUGCACCAGACCGGCUGCAGCCCUGCUUCUGCAUUUGCAUCUUUCAGCAAGAAUCCUUCGUCUCCUCCAAAGGGCGACCGGAAGAUCAGAAACACUUCAGACCUGAUGCACAGCAUUCCUGACACACUAGCUUCCAACAUCCCGACUUUCCCGCGGUCCGUCUCGCCGGCUGCCUACAGUCCACCGGCGAGUCCACUAGAGGGCGAUGUGGUCAUUCCAUGCGAAUUCUGCGGCAUCGCUCUGGAGGAAGCGGUUGUGUUUCACCAUCAGGACAAAUGUGACAUGCGACCUCAGACUGCUUUUCCUUUGAAUAAUCUCACCAAGGCUCCUGUUAGAAAAACACUGUCUAGUCCUGCUAAAGAUUUGUUCGGGCGGAUUUCUCCAGAGGUGCAACGCAGAACAAGGCAUCAAGCUGACUUCUCAGAGGCUGCAUUGGGAUCUGACAUGUGUUCCCCGGCCAGACAGAACAUGAGGGAAUGGCCGAGAGGCUUCAUGGGACCACAGGGACAGAGAAAGACCUCCAACUGGGAUGCUGUUGUGAAAAACAGACCUCAGCAUGGCCGAGGUGCUGAAGGGGCUCAGCCGUCGCUUUGUGACUCCGAGAGGUCAGAAGUGGGCUCUGCAAAGGGACCUAUUCCAGAGAACACAGAAGGGAGAGGAAACAAAAGGAAUCUUACUACAAAGUUCCCCAAGAAGCAGAAUGAAGAGCAUCAAGAAGAGUGAGAUCGAGAACUUGUAGGGAAAACACCAAAUCUGCUUUUCAUUUAUCAAUUUGCACACUUUAAAUGAGCUACGCAUUGGUUUGAUAAGUGCCUGCUUGAGUAGUAGUGAGUUUAUUAUUAAAACCUGGUCCCAUUUAAUCUCGUCUUUACCAACGUUUACGUUGCGUGCUGCACCAUGUCUGAAAAAAUAAAUAACUGUAUCAAUGGAAUGAUGAGCAUUUGCUACUCCUCUGUGUGCUUUUUGUGUCUUUAAAAUGUCUUUUCUUGCUCUGUGAUAAUUAAGUUAAAAGAAGCUGAUUUUGGAAACAUGUUUUUAUAUGCCCUAACUUGCUCGUGUCUUAUCGUGUAUAAACCUGUUGAUCGUUUUAUCACUUGUGUUGUCAUGAAGUGGCAUCUAUCAGCCCUUUUUUAUUUGUGCUUUCCCGUCGCUGAAAUAAGUUUGUCAGGUUUUGUAUUGCUGCACUUCAUUCCCAUCAGACCAUCUACAUUCCAGUGCAUCUGUCUUUCUUAAUAAAUAUUUUGUGUUGUUUUAGUC